UGGGGUCAAGAUGACCCGGUGCAUCCGGUGUGCUAUUGAGAGGUGAAAAAUGAAAGGACAGAAGCGCGCAGCAUCAGAAGAGCGCAGGCCUCGUUCUUCCAGCAUCAUCGGGGACAAUCUCCAUAUCAGUACCGAAAAUUUUCACGGUGCAAGGUGGAAGUCUUCGAAAUCGGCACCGAUCGUUACCGCGAGACUUCUUUUUCCCUCUAUUCUUCCUCUCCCUAAGACAUUUUUCCCCUACGGUGGUGUUUUAUGUCAGUGCGUACAUAUGUAUCUAUCACGCUGCACAAGGGACUACGAUUUGCUCGCGACGAACCACGGGAUAAACUUUAGCACGAUCUUCUGUUGUUUGCUUUCUUAAUUCAACAGAAGCAUCGGAACAUCGAUCCCCUACACCGAUGGCAGAUCACGAUAACAUUUACGACGACGAGCUAGUGUCAGCAAAUCCAAAUCAGCGGAACUGGCGUGGAAUUUUGAUAGCUCUACUUGUGAUCGUUGCGGUCCUAGCUUUGAUUGUAACAUCAGUUGCCUUAUUAACGCCACCAGAUGAGGGACCUAGAGUACAAGGUGCUAGACUACGACUUUCUGAGGUACUUUCUGGAGAAUUAACACCACUCCUUUUUAAUGGAUCAUGGGUAAGCGGACAGCACAUUUGCUAUCGAGAUGUGUGGGGUGGAAUUUCACUGUUGCAUAUUUCUCAAAAGAACAUCACUAGUCGCAGUCUAAUGCCGAAUGAAACUUUUAGGAUAUUGAAUCCUGCCAAGUUCUCGUUGUCACCGGAUCGUAAAUACUUACUUCUUGCGCACAAUGUGAAGAAACUCUUCCGAUAUUCGUAUUUAGCGCAAUAUACAAUUUAUGAUGUAAAUACACGGGAAACGAUACCAUUAACUCCACAUCCCGAGAAAGAAGCACAUCCUUAUCUUUUGUUAGCAAAAUGGACUCCACGUGGUCAUGGACUAGUUAUGGUUCAAGACUAUGACAUUUAUUAUUUACCAGGUCCUACAAGUAACACAGGAUAUAGAGUUACUAAUACAGCAGUUCCUGGUAUAUUAUCAAAUGGAUUACCAGACUGGCUUUACGAAGAGGAGAUUCUGCAUUGUGCUGAAGCAAUUUGGAUGUCACCAGAUGGUCACAUGAUGUUAUAUGCCUCUUUUAAUGAUUCGCUAGUUGAAGAAAUGCAUAUAUCUUGGUUUGGUGAAGGGAACAAAGCUCUUUAUCCUGACAUACGAUCUCUACGUUAUCCUAAACCAGGGACACCGAAUCCUGUGGUGCGACUGUAUGUAGCAGACUUGGCAGAUCCAAAGAAUAUACAUACGAAGGUAGUGAAACCACCACCUAUCAUCGAGCAUGUUGAACAUUAUUUCACAACGGCUUCCUGGGUGUCUUUGACAGAAGUAUGCAUAACAUGGUUAACACGUGCACAAAAUAUUUCUGUUGUAACCAUCUGUAAGAGUGCAAUGUGGCAUUGUCAGGAAAUUCAAAAAAUAGUAGCUGAAGAUCGUGGCUGGGUAGAUACUCCUCCUGAAGCACCAAUUUUCUCAGCAAAUGGUAGCAGUUACAUUGCAAUAAGUCCAGUUAAGGAUGGUUCAGCUGGUUAUUAUAAACACAUUGUUUGGGUGAAUGUGGCUCGGAAAUUGGUUGUUCCACUCACUCAUGGAAAAUUUGAGGUCGCUAAGAUAGUGGCAUGGGAUCAAACAAAUAAUACUAUAUACUUUAUAGGUAUUCCACCUAUGAAGCCAGGUCAAAGACAUCUUUAUUAUGUGAGUUCAUUAUUACCACAUGUGGGUUCAUCUUUACAUCCUGCGGUUUGCAUUACGUGUACCGAAACAACUGAGAGAAAUCAAAAUCAACAUAGAACACUUUCAUCGGGUCAUCAUAGUUCUUGGGCAGAAAAUAGUUAUAUACAUGACCAUUAUGAGACACAAACAGAAAAUACACAAAAUGCUGAUCAAGGACAGCCCAAAGAAAAUGUUACAAAAAAACAGAAAUCGAAAGUACAUGCUCCCCCAAAAUUCACUGAUCUGCCUUGCCAGUAUCAUAAUGCUAUCUUUCCACCAGUUGGUACUGAUUAUUUUGUCCUGGAAUGUUAUGGACCAAGUAUACCAACUGUUUCUUUAUACAAAACUGAUUUUCCAAUGCCACGUCCAAUUUAUGUUUUGCAGAAUAAUACAUUAUUACGAGAACGAAUUUCCAGGCUUGCGCUUCCACAAGUGAAAACAUUCCCCGUUCAAAUAAGUGGUGGAUACAACGCACAAGUAAAAUUAUAUUUACCACCUGGAUUAAGAGAAGAUGAAAUCACUCGAUAUCCUUUAAUUGUGCAAGUAUAUGGUGCUCCAGGCUCUCAAUUAGUAACAGAAAUGUUCAAAAUUGACUGGAACACCUAUUUAGCUAGUAGAAAAAAUAUGAUUGUUGUGCAGAUUGAUGGUAGAGGAAGUGGGGGCCAAGGGUACAAGUUUCUUCAUGAAGUCUACUACAGGCUUGGUUCUGUAGAAGUUGCUGACCAACUUGAAGUUACAGAAUAUUUGCGGGAUUCGUUGCAUUUUGUGGAUAAACAACGUGUUGCUAUUUGGGGUUGGAGUUAUGGAGGUUUUGUAGCUGCUCUUGCGCUGGCGCAUCCUGAGCAAGAUGUCUUUCAAUGUGGUAUAAGUGUAGCACCAGUUGUGUCAUGGAAAUUAUAUGAUUCAGCAUAUGCUGAAAGAUACAUGGGGUUACCAAACGUUGUGUCAAAUUACAAAGGUUAUGCUGAGUCAGAUGUGUAUGAUAAAGUGGAACACUUAAGAAAUAAGAUGUUUUAUUUGGUACAUGGUACUGCGGAUGAUAAUGUUCAGUUCCAACAAUCCAUGGCACUUGCUGGCCAUCUAGCGAAGAAGGGAAUUCUCUUCCGGCAACAGGUAUAUCCAGAUGUGAGCCAUACAUUGGCAGGGGUAAAAGGUCACCUUUAUCUAUCAAUGGCUCAGUUUUUGGAUGACUGUUUUCAAAAGCAAGUACCUAAAGAUACGAAAGCUGGUCUUAUCAGCGGUGGAUCUAGUUUUUAGUUGUAAAUAAUGUGAUUCCAAAAACAAUCCAACGUUUGUGAAGGAAUUCCAUACACAAAAAUUACAUCUAAAUAUCUCCAAAUUGUGUUCCGUUUAUUAGUACCUUUAGGAGAAAGAUAUUUUCGCGUUAUUUUAUAUAUUAAAUUGAUAUUGUAAGAAGUGGGUAGAAUAGUUGAAAUUACGUUUGUUAUAUUUUAAAUUAGAAAUCAAAUCCAAAUGAAUAAAAGCAAAGGAUUUUAAUAUUAUUAUACAAAAUUAUU